AGCUGAUACAACUUAUUAAAGACAAAAUAUAAUUUUAUUAAUCACGUCGUAAAUAAAAACAUUACUUUAUAUAAACCGGUUAUUGAAUGCACAAGUUCAGUGAUGCUCUUGAAUUUGCAAUGAAUAUACUCAAAUAUAAAUGUGAAGUGAUAGUUUUGUUACAAUUCUAACCUAUAAGAAGAAAACAAAUCGCGUAUUAGUCCCAAAAAUGGCGGUCGAAGGUGUGAUGGUCUCUUACAAUUAUUCUGAAGACGGGGAACUGGCUAACAUAUUGACCGUAGCUGCAUCUGGAAUUAAAUUUUCUAAGCGCUGGGUUCUGACCCACGGGUCUAUACUCUCACCUCUUAAAGAAGCUAAUAUUAUAAAGAAUGCUAGAGGAAAGCCCAUCUUGAAUGAGGAGUUUUACGACAAAUUGCCAGAAAUAUAUGUCACAUGUGAAAAGAAACAAUCCAAAGUGCCUAAUGUUUACGAAGGAGUGGAGAGACUUAGUAGAGAAAGGAAUUUAGACAACGAUGUUGACUUUGAACACAGCUGUUACCAGAUUAGAGUUCUUACUGGCAGGAUCUGUCACGUGUGGCAGUGCCCAGUACUGGACCGGUGUGUGGACGACGUUCUCUACAGCUGGACUGUGGGACAUCGUGACGGCGACCUCGAGCGUCAGACUCCUCUCGGCAAAGCACUGCUUUCGGUAUUUGUGCUUAUAGAUCUGGAGAGCGACAUCCAAGGUUUGAAAACCCUGCGGCCGCUAUCGGAGUUGUUGGACAUGGUGCGGCCGCCGCCGGAACGCGGCGCUCUCAUUGAAGUCCAAUCUACGCCUUUCGGAUGCGAGGUGUUCCUUAACGCGGUGACGCGGGGCUCGGUGUGCGGCGUGGUGGGGCGAAGACCCUCCCUGUUGCUCACUGACGCCGCUACCGCACUCGGCUCCGAGGGCGGGCCUGUCUUCACUGAAGGUCCCACGAGCGAGCUGGUGGGCGCGGUGGUGUGCAGCGUGUCGUGGUGGCGCGGCGAGUGGGUGGGGCUGACGCUGGCGGCGCCGCUCCGCGCUGUGCUGGCCGCCAAGCUGCGUGUGCCCCCCGCACCGCCUGCACACGUGCCACGGUCCCCCACAUCACACUACACAAGCACGCUGGAUCGCAUCGACCGCACGACGGUGUUGGUGCGGUGCGGCGCGGCGUGGGGCGCGGGCGUCUACCUCGGCGGCGGACACGUCCUCACCUGCGCUCACGUCGUUAAAAAUCACACGAUAUACAAAGUGUCGCUGUACUGUCAAGGCACGCGGGAGACGGCGAUAGUGAGGUACAAGACGGCGGACGACAAGGCGUACGACCUCGCGCUGCUCUACACCAACCCCCAGCACUGGACACAUCUGCUGCCCGCUGUAUUUGCCGACCUUCCGGCAGAGAAGGGUGAGUCAGUGGUGGCGGCUGGGUACCCGUACUUCAGUGAGGACAACUUGUCCUCUCUGCGGCCAACAGUCACCAGCGGACAUGUCAACAACGCCGCGCCCUCCAUGCUGCAGACAUCCUGCUGCGUACAAUCAGGAUUCAGCGGUGGUCCGAUAUUCCGUCUGGGCAAUGGUCGUGCUGAAGUGUUGGGGGUCAUCGUAAGCAACGCUAAGACUCAGACAGGAGCCUGCUACCCCUACAUCAACAUGGCCGUGCCAGCGCGCGCCUUCCUCAAACUUAUCAGGCAUUUCAUGAUUGACAGAGAUGAAAAAAAAUUACGAGAAAUCGAGAGCAAUAAAGACAUCAUUCAGUCGCAAUGGCGGUUGUUACCGUAUCGUUCCAAAAUAUGACUUUUAAUUAAUUUAAUUUAUAAUUAAUGUAAAUAUAUGUACCUUUAAUUAUUGUUAACUAUUUUGAGCUAUUUGGCUUUUAAUAAAGACGUGACAUGGAACGUAUUAAAUCCAAUAAACAGGGUUAAAAAAUGUUCCUAUUGAACUAAUCGCAUUCAUAUAUAUGUAUAUAAUUUUCAUACUUUUA